AGUCGGAAAGGCCCAUUUCGCACAAUAACAACUUCACUGCUACAUUGAGACUUUCGAAAUCCGGCGACUCCAUCAGUGUUUUCCCAAACCAAAGACACUGUUUCACCGAGAUCGCAGGACCACCUAUUGAAGUUAAAAUCUUGUUCACCCGGCCAAAGGUGGCGGACCCACUAAUCCACUAUCACUAUUCAAACUGGAGAUCUUACGGUGUUGAUUCGUCCUAGUUUAUUUCGUGGCUCACUUGGAAACCCACUUGCCGCUGUGUAUAUAUAUAUAUACUCUUGCGUCCCCAGCUUCCAAAGACCCCAAUUUCUGAGUCCAAAUUAAAGACCAAUACUUUUCCAGCACCAACACGACCCACCGGAUCGUCGUCAUCAAUGACGGACCCGGCGCUCUCUGAGGUCAUUUUUGGAGCCCCCUUUCUCAACACGAACCCCGACGACCAGCCCACCGAAUCGUCAGUAGUACUCGUAGUGGCCGGCCCAGCCUUCUUCGACAUGAACGCCGGCGAACAACCCAUACCCUGAUACCCUCUUCCUUAGCAAUGGCGAACCCGGAGCAAUCUGAGUCCGAGGUGCUUUUCAUCACCGCAUAUUCCAACCAACGACCUACCCGACCGUGGGGUCUCCCAGUGGCCGACUCUGAGGGCCUGCCUUCUCAGUAUACUACAACGACGGACCCCGGCGCACUCUGAGGUGCCUUCCUCCCGGCGAGCAACCCUCCGAAUCGUCCGUAGUACUUGUAGUGGCCUGCCGAGCCUUCUUCUACAUGAACGCCGGCGAACAACCCAGCCGAUCGUGGUCACUCCCGGCCUCGGCAGUAUCGGAGCGUGGGCUUAACCCCAAUGCCAGACCUCUUAACUACUACAAGAAUCAGAUAUAUGUCCGAGGACUACCAUACUCGAUGACUGAUGCACAACUCGAAGCAAUCUUCCGCGCUAGAUUUGGGGCAGGUGUAGUGAACGUGAAAGUUUGGCUCAAUAAGUACGGGAUCACUAUACAGUGUGGCCAUGUCACUUUUGGAUCGCGUAGCUUGGUGGAAGAGGCGGUGGCGCUGGGCGACUGGCAAGGGAUCAGAAUCGAAAGGCAUAGACCUCAGUUCCCGAAAACACUGUUACGAGCAUUGCGAGUGAGUUCUGAGGAUCCCAAUUCGCAGCUUUAUGUGGCCCAAGCGAAGACUGAGCUGGACAGUUGGAGAAAGAUUUAUGUCGAGUGGCAGCAAAGCAUGCUGGCAGAGAGGCUCCGCUUGACCCUAUCGACUUCUUACUCCUUGUUCUAGUUUCGUUCUGGUAAAGUUUAGCAGUACUUACUGGGUACGUAACUACGUAUACUUUGCUGGAUAAUACGUACUCCUUUAGUUUACUUAAUAAUGGAAGCUAGCCGGGGAUGGACUCUAGUUACUUUAUUCAAAGUUUGUAUAAUAUGCUGACUCUUAUACAGUACUCUGGAUCCUAAUUUCUGGAGUGUCAUG